AGGUGAGAAGCUAUAGCUUUCUUUCGUUGGAUGAUCUGCGUGGAUUUCUUCAUUCAUCCUCUCUCUCUCUCUCUCUCUCUCUCUCUCUCUCUCUACUUGAAGUAAUAGAGAAGAUGACGCACAAGACGGAAAACAGCGCUUUAAAGAAGAAGAUGAACAAGGGAGCUUGGACAGCUGAAGAAGACCAAAAGCUCGCUAAUUACGUGAAAACUCAUGGAGAUAAGAAAUGGAGAUCUCUCCCAGCUAAAGCAGGUUUGAACAGGUGUGGCAAGAGCUGCAGGUUGAGAUGGCUGAAUUAUCUUAGACCCGGAAUUAAAAGAGGCAAUAUUUCAGAAGAUGAAGAGGAUCUGAUUAUCCGACUCCACAAUUUGAUUGGAAAUAGGUGGUCCCUGAUCGCUGCGAGGCUACCAGGCCGGACCGAUAAUGAAAUCAAGAACCAUUGGAAUACUAAUUUGAGCAAAAAAUCUCUAACCAUCAACGAACUAAACUGGAAGUUAAACCAAAAACACCAGAUUAACGUUGAUGGCCCACCAACAUUGCCUACCACAGAUGGCUUGGAUUUGGCGGUGACUACGGACGUAAAAUGGGUCGAGAUUUUGCACCCCAGAGACGAACCCAAGGGCUCAGAUGACGCCCAGGUCGCCAGAAGGCCGUGGAAUGAAUGGUACGAUGAGGAUUUCUUGGACGUUGAGGGGCUCUUUGACUUUCCGGAAUCUGAUCCACAAGUUGGAGUACAAGGCCAUUAUUUGAAAGGUUUGGAUGUGUGUCAAGAUCUGUCGAGUACCGGAGUACUAGGAUCUAAUGGCCAAUGUUUCGAUCAGCAGAUCACGGACAACCAGCUUGAUUUUGACACGUUGACAAGGUUACUGGAGCAUGGAGAUGAUGUAUUUGGCUAUUUGUCUAAGUGGUAGUUUUACCAAACGACCCCACUCUUGUACUUGAUUAUAUAAUAACAUGAUCUUGCUUGUAAAACUUCGCUGGGGCAUUUGCCUUU